AUGAGCCAUCCCACCGAAUUCAGACCUGUCGCGCACGAGUUCUUCAGCAAGGGCUUCCAUGGAGCAGCAUUCGUCGGAGCAAAGGCCUCCGACGCUUUCUGGUUCUACCGAUUCGACUCAUCCUCCAUCGAGGUCCGCGACACCUUUACGUGUCACGACAAGGUCUUUGCCUCCCUCUCCAUCACCGAUAUCAAACAACGCUUCAGACACUUGCUCAGGAGUGACCAGAUCCAAAUCGUUAAUGUCCAGGAUGCAUAUGUUGGAGAAUCGCACACGAUAGUGUUUGUGGUACGGGAAGGCGACGAGGAUCGGGACCACGUCUUUAUCUGGAACCUGCUGACACUUCAACUCCAAUGGCUCGUCUCUCCACCGCGACUCUUGACCGCCGCAACAGUGACGCCACAGCAAGCAAUCAUGAAAGGCUACCAAGGACCCGCUUCGCCGACAUCGAUCAACCAGGACGAGGAACAGGAAGAAGACAAUGAGGAAGAGGAUCAUUCACAGUCCAAGGGGCGUAUCCAGAACAACCGGAGACAGCUUCUGGUCCUCGGACACCGGAAUGGAUGGGUAACCAUCUACAAGUUUACUGUCUCUGUCACCGGGCAAGUCUCCUGCAACAAGGAACCAGAACACGAGAAAUGGCUGGAAGAUGGAUCGAUUACUUGUCUUGCAACCCUUUCCAACAAGAACACAGGAGCCCGCCCCGUGAUCGUGGCAGGAACAUCAGAAGGAAAGGUCGUUGCCAUUCGAUACGACGACGCGCAGGAGGGCAACAAGCUGGAUUCUCUCUUGACCAUCAAGGAUCUUCACUCGAAGACCCUCCCCAUUACCAACCUCACCCUGGAGCCAACAAAGGAUGAUGGCCUGGAUCUUUUGGUCGUCGGACAGGGCUCUUGGCCAGGUAGCAGCAAGAAGAGCAAGGAAUCACCCGCCGUGUCAAUGUAUUACCUCCGCCUUCAGAAAUCGGAUUCUCGACUCUUGGGCUACGUGCGGCCACCGACAGUGGAAGGCGAGGUCUCGACAGGCGGAAGCACUUUGACGACUACAGUCUCUGAGGACACCAACGGUUGUCGCGUCCACUGCAUCUUCUCGACAGACUUUGAGAACGUGCCAUCACUUACCCACCUCGCCACGGUACAGAUUAACCAAAACGACGUACCAGAGCCAGAUGUCACGUCAAUGGACGAUAUUGGAGGAGGUGCUCUUUUGGAUAUCAGCCCACAGACCAACUCGUACGAGUUGAUGGUCCUGUACCUCAGCAAGCUCGUGACCUACGUCAAGGCAGCCGAUAUCGAAUCUAACCGGUUGGAAUCUGAAUGGGCUGAGGGGAUUGACGGGCCAGAAUCUGCACGCAGGGACAUGGCACCGCUCUACAACACAUUUUUCCAGGAAAAGGCCAAGUUUACAUAUAGCGACUCGGAACUGGCCGAGAUUGAACAGCGACGCAAGCAACUGGGCGGAAGGCUUUUCUAUGACCGCCUCUUGGAGUUUGUCGAACUCGAUGUCGGCAUGCUGUACCCUCCCAAGAACCACGCCCAACAACGCAACUUGUGGACCAACAUUUACUUCAACGGCAACCUCGAGGCUGACAACAGGAACUGUCUGGCGUACUACCUCUUGAAGAACCAGCAUGGAGAUAUCAGUGAGCAGUUCCUUCGGGAAUACAGAAUCCCAUCCAAGUUUGUCGAUCUCAUCAACGGAUUCUGGGCACUCGACCACUUUGACUUCAAGACUGCGGUGUUAUACUUGUCGAGGCCGGGACUGACGGUGGACUGGAUCGAGGACGUGAUUGAUGCCAUUGCAGAACAUGGAUCGCCUCAGUUGGCAAGACAAUUUCUCGUUGCGGCUGACUUGGACUACACCUCGGAGCGGUUCAUUGAUAUCAAGAUGAAAAUUAUGGUUGAAACCGAUUUUACAGAAGCUUUCUACUACCAGAGGUCACCUGUGGUCAGUCACCAUCCUGCCAUAGAAGGUCAACAGGUGGAUGAUCCAGCAGAUAGGAAGGAGCGUUUGUUCACUGCUUUGUUGGACCAUUGCUUCCUCGACAAACCCAACAGGAAGGCUAUACAGGUGCUCUCACAGUUGACAAUGAACGAGACCGAAGAACGAAUGUUCACUCAAUACUGCGACGGCCAUUCAGGACUGACGCGCGAGAUCGGACAAGAGUUCUUGAUCAUGUACUAUGUCAACCGCUCACGAUACAUGGAGGCGAUCCGGAUGCACCGCAAGCGAUUGGCCGUUGAGCGUGAAAUGGACGAAGCAGAGCAGUUCCAUCGUGAUGCGAUUAAUCGUCGCAACAGCCGGCAGUUAGGUGGUAAUCAGAAUGGAGAAAGCCCUUCCCAACUUACUUUGAGCAGGAGCCAGAAGCGACAGGUUUUGAUUGAUCAGUUGAUGAAGGUGUUGCCGGCCCCUGAAAGACUCAUCUUGAAACUCGAGAAGGAGCAAUCAAGCCACACCACUGCUUCUGCCGGAGCACGGACAGCCUUGUCGAGCCACUUGUCGUUCAACACCGGUCGUGAUGUGCAGGAAGAUCGCCGCGAGGGUGAUGUGAAGAAGCAGAAGCAGCAGAAGGGUGAGCUCGCAUCUGGAAGCAAGGGGAUUCUUCUGGCGCUUUUGGAUGAGACGGACGCGCCUUCGACCAGUCUAAAGGGGUUGGAUCUAGACUGGGCGACGAAGUCGUUGACUGGCGGGGAAAAGAGAGACGAGGCGGACGGUGGUGAUCGUGGCUGUGCUGAUGCGAUGUCGGUGGACGAUGAUGAGCCUGAGAUCGCCGCCAACGGUGCACUUUCCGAUAGGCCCAAGGACUCGAUUAUGGACCUCGAUUCUGAUUAG